AUGGCUCCGACAAGGAGUAAAUACAAUGUUGUUUUCAUAUUGGGACCACCAGGCGCAGGAAAGGGCACUCAAUGCCUGAAAAUCCAAGAGAAUUUUGGCUUCGUGCAUUUAUCAGCUGGAGAUUUGCUACGUGCCGAAAGACAACGCGGAGGUUCGCAUUUGAGUGGACUAAUCGAUCAACACAUCAAAAAUGGGACCAUUGUCCCUGUUGAGAUCACUUGCCAACUACUUGAAAACGCAAUGGAUGCCGCUGGUGAUGCUAAAGGAUUUCUCAUUGAUGGGUUUCCACGCAACCAAAACAACCUUGAAGGAUGGGAACAACAAAUGAAAGGAAAAGUCGAUGUGAAAUUUGUUCUAUUCCUUUCCUGUUCUGUGGAUGUUUGUAUACAAAGAUGCUUACAUCGAGGAGAAGGCCGUACGGAUGACAACGAGGAGUCUUUGCGAAAGCGUAUCGAGACGUACAAUAAUCAAACUCUUCCUAUAAUUAACUAUUAUGAGAAGCUGGGGCUAGUAAAGGAAGUACCUAGCGAAAAAAAUCCUGAAGAGGUAUAA